AUGUCGACUUGCUCCCCCAACCCGGCGGCUCCGCCGACACGCAUUUCGGAUGCGCCAGACUCUGUCAACGCCCCCGCCGAGGACACUUGCAUGCAAGACCAAGACAAACCAAAAGACAUUGAUGAUGAACAGCAUCACGAUGUAGCAGACGAUGCAGUCUCAGAAACAAACACGAUGAUUUAUGGCCAGGAGCCAUUCGAGACGAUCCAACACAAAGUCGCCGCACUAGCCGCGAAGAUAUUCGGGCGAGACCCGCGAGACAUCACAGUCUACGAGAUGAAGGGCGGGUCUUACAACCGAGUCAUCGGCGUCUCAAUCGCGCAAAAGCCCAAAAGGUUCACCUUGGCCUGGUUUCUGUUUCCCUGCUUGCGCGCGCGCAAGAAGAAGGCGGCUACGAAGUCAGAGUCGUACGUCGUGCGCGUCCCGAGAAUGGAAUACAACAAUGACGAAUCCAUGGCCCAAGCCAUGGAAAGGGAGGUGUCAAUCCUGAAGGCAGCGGGCUCUCGGCUGCCUCUGCCCAUUCCCAAGGUUGCGAGCUAUGAUCUUACCACUGCAAAUAUUUUCGAACGUCCAUACAUGAUCCAAACCCAUCUCCCUGGUCGCACUCUCGCGACGAACCUUUGGAACAAUCUCAAUAUGGAGCAGAAGAAGCACCUCGCCAAGGAGAUCAUCGCUCUCGCUCCCACCAUCGCCUCAGUAGAAGGAUCAAUUGGCGACAUAUCUUCUCAGAACCUGAACAAACCUCCGACUUCUCCGAUCUUAACCCAGACGUUUUAUAUAACAAGUCGUGAGGGGUUUAAGCCUGAGCCGGCUUUGAACGAUGACCCUUUCGACUACAUGCUUGGGCGAUGCAAGCAGUGGAGCGAAUACCACAACUCCGAGGACGCUCCUUUCGACGACAUCUGGAUAAGCUUCGCGAGGAUCACGAAGGCUCUAGAGGCUCGUGGCUUUCUCGAAGGGCCAUGUGUACUCGUUCAUGGUGAUCUCAAAUGUUACAACAUCCUAGCCGAAGUACGUAGUGACACCGAGGCUGUCGUCACAGGCGUUAUCGACUGGGAUACGGCCAUUAUCGCGCCAGAGUUCAUGGCCUAUAGAGCACCAUUUUCCCUUUGGACCCCUGAAGACAUGCCUAGCGCUAAGGAAGAUGACGAAAGCGUGGCCAACGUGGAGCCCGUUACUGAGGAGGACAAGAUCUUGAAGCAAGUUUUCCUUGACAAUGCGUCGGAGAAGUACAAGUUCUUUGCCUUUGCACCAGAGGCAAUGCUUGCUAGACGUAUGUUCUAUAUCAUGCAGAAGGGGGCGAACAGUCCUUGGUACAAUGAUGAGGCAAUAAGCGUUGUCAAGGCGUGGGAUAAGCUCCACCCUGAGGAUAAUGUUCGGUUCCGUUAUGAUUGGCAAUCCGACUCUGAGGCUGAGUCUGACUCUGAUGAUGAGCCUACAAAGGAUGAUGAACCUGCAAAGGACGAUAAGACUACGGAGAACGACGAGAGUACAAAGGACGAUGAGCCUGGCAAAGACAUUGAGCCUACAACGGAUACAGAAGAAGACGAGCUCAUUGUCACGGAGUAG